CACCCAACAGCAGCGGCAGCAAAUCUCGUCGCAUGUAAACAUUGACCAGCUUGUCGGCCAACAAAAUUCUGAAUUCAGUUGAAGCUCGACUUUCAAGAGCAUCACAAGCAUUUUCGAACGUCUUAUCGGUAGAGUCAAUGCCAACAAUCGUAAAAAAACAAUUUUGAAAUACUGAAUAUUCAGUUUUGAAAUAUUAACCGUGGUGGCGAGAGAAAGAGAGAGUGAGAGACCGUGUGAUAGUAAUUUCGAUAAUUACUCUGGGCAAUUGCAAUUAAAACAAAAAAAUAAAUAUAAAUAUUAAUAAUCAUAAAAUAAAAGCAACAAAUAAUAAGUGAAGAGGAGUCAAUAAUAUUUCAAAAAAAUAUUGAAACCAGUAAGCUGGUUAAUAAAUAAAAUAAAAAAUUGAGAAAAGUGAUUAUUAAAACGUUUUGAAAGUAAACAAUUUACCCCCUCAAUUAUCAUGGAAUUUAAAAUCAUUUUUAUUUCGUUGGUGUUAUCAAUAUUGUGGCAGGCGUAUGGAAAAGCUGCGGAAAUACCCGAUGAUGGGAAAUUACGUGUCUGCAUUGUGGAAUCGCUAGGUGCCUAUCGCAAAACUCCCAAAUUCUGUCCCAUUCUAGAGGCUCAAACGAACAUGGAAUGUGUGGUGGGUGUGGAUCGUUUGGAUUGUGUACGAAGGAUACACAAGGGUACAGCCCAUUUCGGAGUGCUGACUUCUGAAGAUUUGGUGGCUGCCCGAUGGGCAAGUGUGGAAAUUUUGGUAACAAGUGAGCUACGCUCGCAUAGCUCUCCCUUCGAGUAUGAAGUUGUAGCCGUGGUGGACAAUGAGGCCGAGAUUCAUAGCAUACAUGAUUUGCGUGGCUCGAAGUUGUGUCAUCCUGGCUAUGCUUUGGGUAACCACUGGACCGAGGUGUUGGCAAAUUAUUUCGAAUCGACCAUGGUCACCAAGUCGUGUGAUCCGGAUAUCUCCAUUACCGAAGAUCGCAUAAGGUCAGCGGCCCAUUUCUUUGGCCCCAGCUGUAAGGCAGGCCCAUGGGUGCCCGAUCCCAAACAAGAUCGCCAGCUAAAGAGCCGUUAUCCUUCGCUGUGUCAAAUGUGUUACGAUUCGUAUCGUUGUGAUGUGGGCGAUAAGCACUGGGGUAGGCGUGGAGCCCUCUAUUGUUUGACCAGUGGUGGCGGUAAUGUGGCCUGGGCUAGGCUGGAUGAUGUGCGCAGUCAUUUUGGGCUCACCGGCCUGCCCAAACAGGCUGAACCCUCGGAAUAUAGCUUUCUGUGUGCCGAAGGCCAUUUGCAGCCCAUCAACUCCACCAAACCCUGUGUCUGGGUUGCCAAACCCUGGCCGGUGAUUGCGGCCCGCCGCAGCCAUGCCGCCCAGGUACAAAAUCUUGUGACGGGCCUAAACCACGACACUCCGAAUAGCUGGCAAAAUGCCUUGCUCAGCCUAUUGGAGAACUUCCAUGUGGAUAUUGUCCCCCUGGAUAAUGUCAUACCCAUUGAUGAUUAUUUGGACCAAGCUCCUGCCUUUCAAAGUGCCUACAGCUUCCCUGAAUGUAAUCCACCGCGCUCCAUUGUCUUUUGUACCACCUCGAUUAUACAGCACAUCAAGUGUUCCUGGAUGCAGGAGGCCUCCCAGGUCUAUGGUGUACAACCGAAUAUCCAGUGCGUAAGAUCCACCAAUUUAGACUCUUGCAUGGAUGACAUAAAAUUCCGGGCAGCCGAUGUGGUAUUGGUGGACCAUGAACAUCGUGUACAGGCCCAAAGGGACUAUAAUUUGAAACCGGUGCUCUUUGAGUUCUCUCAGGAUAUGCAUGAGCGUUAUGUUACCAUUGCCGUGGUCCACAAGGAUGCGAAGUUUGAAACAUUUGCCGAUUUGAAAGGGGCCAAGGCUUGUCUACCCUCCUUUGAGGGCCCAGCCUAUUUAUCUGUCCUUGAGGCCCUGCACAAUAGGACCCACACACCCAUGUCCAUGCACAAGUUCUUCCAUCGUGAGUCAUGUCUCUGGGAACCUCAUUCCUCACACAAAUGCCCCCAGCAGUAUCAGGGCGAUGAAGGAGCCCUACGAUGCCUGGCCGAAAAGGGAGAUGUGGCCUUCCUCAGUUCGGAUAUUUACAAGAAAUACACAGUUGGUAAUCUUACCUCGGCAUGGCUGCCGCAGACCCAACACAAAUCCUUUAAGGUCCUUUGUCCCUAUGGUGGCAAUGCCAGAGGAUCCAAAUUUGAGUACUGCUAUCUGCACUGGACCACGCGGGGUCACAUUAUGACCCAUGACAGUUCACCCACCCGCAUUAAUGAAAUCCACAAUUCCCUGAGAGACAUUGAUGCACUCUUUGGCAAGGCCUACAAAUCUGAUACCCGGCCAUUUACCAUGUACGGCAUUUUUGAUAAGAAAAACGAUGUGAUUUUCCGUGACCAAACUGAUGGCUUGAAGGGUAUCUAUGAUCUGAAGCGGGAUCACAAUGACCGGCUGAUGGAGGAGAUUUUCCAAAAUUAUAUACAAGAGAAAUAUGUGAAUACCUUGGAAAGUGCGGCGUCAAGUGUAUCAGGCUUUAGCCUACUGGUCCUUGUGGCCAUAAGUUUAAUGGCCAUUUGGAAUAUGAGAUAAUUUUUGUUUUUGGAGAUCCAAUAACUUAAAAUAAUUUUUUACUUUUUUUUAACAAAAAUAGUCAUUAGUCAUGCCUUUGUAUUUCUUUAAAUUAUUGUGAUAUUAUUGUUUAAGUUUAAGAAUAAAAAAAAUUAAUGAUUUUUCAUUUUCGGAA